AUGGAAGUGCAAGACGAAAAGAAGCAGGUGGACCUGCCCCCGCCGGACCGCUUCAGUUUCUUCUCCUCGAAGACACAGCAGGCCGUCUUCUCUUCAACCUGGGAGGGUCUCUUUCCAGACGGGAACCUUGACCACAUCUUCCAGGAGAAGCAGAAGAGUCGCCCGGAUCCCAACCGUCCCGUCUGGUGGCUCGACAUUUGCGACGCCACCGAGGAAGAUGUCGAUACCGUUGCGGAGAUCUUCUCGAUUCACCCCCUGACCGCGGAGGACAUUGCCACCCGUGAGCGCCGUGAGAAGGUCGAUGUGUUUCGGAACUACUAUUUGAUCUCGUUCCAGACUCUCGUGACUCGCUCGACGGGUGAUGAUGACCGCCCGGGUAUUCCCUCGUCGGCUGAGUUGUACAUCCUCGUCUUUCAGUAUGGCGUGGUGACCUUCUCGCCGAGUGGCUGUUCGCAUGUCAGUCGGGUGCGCGACCGGAUUCGCAAAAUGCAUGAUCCUUCUAUUUUGUCGAGCGACUGGAUCUGCUAUGCCGUGAUAGACGACAUCAUCGACAGCUUCGAGCCCUUUACCCGGGCCGCAGAGCGCGAGUCCGAGGCCAUCGAAGACCAGGUGUUCAUCGCACGCAUCGACGACGUACAGGAGCUCAUCCCGCAAGUCGACGUACUCCGCAAGAAAAUCACCCACAUCAUCCGCUGCCUGCACGGCAAAGUCGACGUCCUCAACGGCUUCGUCAAGCGCUGCCAAGCCCCAGACAAGCACCCCGUCUUCCCGGACGGCGAUCUGCUCCUGUAUCUGGGCGACGUGCAAGACCACUUAGUGACGACCCUGUCGACGCUCAACCACAUUGACGAGAUCAUCGGCCGAUCACAGGCCAACUGUCUGGCCCAGCUGAGUGCUACUAAUCUUCGGAUUAGUCUGACGGUCAACUCUGGGCUGAGCAAGGUCACCGUCCUGGCGACUAUCUUCGUCCCGUGUCACUUGGUGACUGGUCUCUUUGGCAUGAAUGUUCCUGUGCCUGGUGAGGAGACAUCUGGUCUGGCGUGGUUUUUCAGUAUUUUGGGGGUGUUUGCGGCUUUUAUGGUGCUUAGUAUCAUUGCAGCCAAUAGAUUCAAGCUCUUGUAG